GAGGCUGGCACGCAGCGCAGGUGACUUCCUGGUAACUCAAUCUUCCCUGCUGCUCUUCUCUCCUCCCCCACCUCUUCCUCUUGGCCUCCCCUGCUCCACGCAGCUGGCAGUUUCGGGGGGCCAGCCGUCAGGUGUUGGCUGCCCUUCCUGCCGUGGGGCUGUCUCCUCUGCCGGGGGCACGUGUUCUUCCGCCCGGGCCGCCCUGGGUCCCCAAGAUGGGAGUGUUUGCGGUCGCUGGGACACUGGCUGCCGAGGUGACCCCGUUGGGAGCAUCCUUUGGGGCAAGAUGAAUCACCCCCUGGCCUUCAGCAACGGGACCUCCCCCAACAGAGUCCCUGCAUUGCCCGCCCUGUUAGCCGUGGGGCUACUGCAGUCUGGAUUCCUCUCCAUGAAGGACCCCAUGCUCGCUUCCAGUGAGGAUGCCCCCCAGGGUGGCAAUCUCUGGAAUGGCUCUCAAGGCGGUGAGCAGAUUUUCCUGACCACUCCAGCUGCCCGGGGCAUCUCAGGAGUCUUCGUGUGGUCAGCACUGGUGCUCACCUGCCACCAGAUCUACCUGCACCUGCGCUUCUACACCGUGCCCCAAGAGCAGCGCUACAUCAUCCGGCUCCUCUUCAUCGUUCCCAUCUAUUCUUUCGACUCCUGGCUCAGCCUCCUCCUCCUCGGCAGCCACCAGUACUAUGUCUACUUCAACACCGUGCGUGACUGCUACGAAGCAUUCGUCAUUUACAGCUUCCUGAGUCUGUGCUUUGAGUACCUGGGCGGCGAGAGCGCCAUCAUGUCAGAGAUCCGCGGAAAGCUGAUCAAGUCCAGCUGCAUCUACGGGACCUGCUGUCUGCAGGGGAUGUCCUAUUCCAUUGGCUUCCUGCGCUUCUGUAAGCAAGCGACCCUGCAGUUUUGCAUUGUGAAACCCAUCAUGUCUCUGGUCACCAUAAUACUGCAGAUGUUUGGGAAAUACCAUGAUGGAGACUUCAAUAUCCACAGUGGCUACCUCUACGUCACCAUCAUCUACAACAUCUCGGUCAGCCUGGCCCUGUAUGCUCUGUUCCUUUUCUACUUUGCUACCAAGGAGCUGCUGCGGCCCUUCGAGCCAGUUCUCAAGUUUCUCACCAUUAAAGCCGUCAUCUUCCUAUCCUUUUGGCAAGGGAUGCUGUUGGCCAUUCUGGAGAAGUUUGGGGUGAUUCCCGAGAUGCAAAUCAUCAACGGCAAAGAGGUAGGGGCUGGGACGGUGGCUGCUGGGUACCAGAACUUCAUCAUCUGUAUCGAGAUGUUCUUUGCCGCCAUCGCCCUACGCUAUGCCUUCACCUGCCAAGUGUACUGGGAGAAGAAGGAGAACUCACCAGUGAAUGUGGCCCCGAUGCAGAGCAUCUCCAGCGGGCUGAAGGAGACCAUAAGCCCCCAGGACAUUGUCCAGGAUGCCAUCCACAACUUCUCUCCUGCUUACCAGCAAUACACCCAGCAAUCCAUGCAGGAAGCCAAGGGGCUGGGACAAAACGGGUCUAUGACUCCCACCCCCAUACCACCCAGCGUCAAGAGGAGCAAAAGCAUCGAGAAGAGGGAGCUGAUCCCUUCGGAUGAGCUGUAGGGACCACUAGAGAGCACCGGAUAUAAUCCCUCUUUGCCUGUGGCACAGUUCCUGGGCACAGGCCAAUGCAGUUCACCCAGGACCAACGAUGGAAAAUGGUUUCUUGGUGUGGGGAUGGGAGAGGGUGAGCAAUGAGAUUAGAGGAGGAAUCUUUCCUCAAAGAGCCCGACACUACUGGACUCCCUCUUGGGUCUUUGCCACCUGAGUCCGGGAGCACAAAGGGGGGACUGUUGUCUCUGUUAGAAUUUCUAGGAGAGCUGCCAUCUGGGAAAGGUGGCAGAGGGUUCUGCCUUGUAAUAGGUACUGUCAGGUAGCAAGAAAAGCUUGAGGGCUGGUCAUACUUCUUGCUGAUUUCCCUGAACUUGGGUAAUAGAUCUCACGUGUCUCCGAGUUGCAAAGAACCCAUUGCAAGGCCUCUGGAACUACUUCUUGAUGGUGGAAGGAGAGGAGCGGAGGACCCCCUGAGUUUCCAUUACAAUGAACCAUGUUACAAUGAACCAUGCCCCAUUCUGCUCAGAUCUAAUGGCCUCAUUACCUGGAAUCACUCAAGGAUGGAGCUGUUUGGUCAAUACGCUGGGUGGAAAUUCCCACUGAUUUUUAUCUGCAAAUCUCACCCCCAGCUGCAGCCAAGGCACAGAAGACCUUAAGGGGUACAGUACCCAAGCAAGGACACUCACUGUGGAACGCCCCCAAGGGCCAAAGGCAUGAAUCAUAGUGUGAAUCACCAACCCCAACCCCAAGGGAAUUCACCUGAAACCAAGCUGCCACCAAACUGGGCCCAUUCCCUGCCCCCACCAUGACUGAGUCAUUCAGGGACACAUUGGAGUCCAGUAGUGGAGAGGAAGUGGACCUGUUGCUUUCAGAUUUGCUGAAUGUGCUUGGGACUGGUUGGAGGGGCAAGUUUCUCUGCCGGACUUCUAAGGUUCCAAUAUUCAGAAGUGGGGGAUUUCUAUUUUGUAAAGGGAACAGUGUCUUGUCCUUGCCUCUCCUCCCUGGAAAGGUCUCUGAAUGAUUCUCCAUGUGCUGAAUUCUCAACUUGGUCUUGGAAGUGUUGUUUGGAGGAUGGCUUUGAUUGUGUGUGUGUGUGUGUGUGUGUGUGUGUGCGUGUGUGUGUGUGUGAGAGAGAGAGAGAGAGAGAGAGCACACUUUCUCUAAAUGGUAGUGCCUGAAAAAUCUAGCUCUUAGGUUUCAAACUUAGGAAGCUACCUUUUCUUUCUGCCCAGAAAAGGGGAUGGAGGCAAUCUGGGCUUGGAUCCUUUCCCAGCUGGGCCACUGAGGCUGGGGAUUCCUCAUUAUGCCACAAUCAGCAGUAAGCGAAUUGCAAUUAUUUAUAAAUAUAAAUGUGCUGGUUUUCUAA